AUGCGCCCCUGGACGUCUCGAUGGCCUGCAACUCGGUCUGCUUCGAGCAGGUGGCCGAGCGAGAGACGGGCCAAUUCGAGUACGUGGGCAGAGGUCGAGGGACCUACGAACAGGCCUGGCCUGCGCGGCUUCGGCUUCGCGCUGCGGGUCACCAUCAUUCCCGAGGUGCCGCAAGCUCGGAGGAAGAUCAACGCGGAGGUAGAACAACGUCCACAGUGGUGCUCCAAAUGGGGCAUGGCGCUCUACUGCGCCCUGUGUUUCGUCUUGAUGGGCUUGGCACUCUUGUUGACGUGGCUCAUCAUCCACCAUCACCGCCACGGUUCCCUGCCCCUGAACCUGCCGUCGCUGCCGCACGGCCCGGGCGGCAUUGGACCGGCCGGCCCAGUCGCUCCAGGUGGCUAUGACUGCCAGGCUGGAUACUGGAACUGGCAGAAGGGAUGGAGCGCGGAGAAACAGAAGUACUGCUGUGCCAUGACGGGCCAAGGCUGCCCCACCGGCCCUACUGGCGGCACCACUGCCGAGAGUAAGUUCGAUUGCAACGCCGCGCUGAACAACUUUCAUACAGCGUGGUCCUUGGAAAAGAAGAAGUGGUGCUGCGCCCACGAACGCAAAGGCUGCUUGCCGCAUCACACAGAGACGCCCAGGAUCUUUGACUGUCAAAGCAGCCUGCAAUCGACUUGGUCUCAGCCGCAGCAGGCCUAUUGCUGCUCGCGCUUCCGCUUGGGCUGUGGGGAGAUCAUGACCACGGUCCCCUUCGACUGUACCGCAGGUGUGAAGCGGUGGAAGUCGGGCUGGUCCGACCAGAAGAAGCAGUGGUGCUGCCAGGAGUUCAAGGUGGGCUGCGAGUCCCUGGGCGGCGGCGUGGACAUGGACUGCGACGCGGGCUACGAGAACUGGAAGUUGGGCUGGUCUUUGGACAAGAUGCACUACUGCUGUAGUACCCAUCAGCGUGGUUGCCUUUCGACCACCACGCCAGAAGCUUUCGACUGCCAUGCGGGCCUCAAAGAUUGGCAGGCCGGGUGGUCUCAUCAGAAGAAGCUCUGGUGCUGCACGCAUCACGGCCAUGGAUGUCCGCAGACCACCACCGAGGAGUACGACUGCUCCGAGGGCGCCACCGAGUGGGAGGAGAAGUGGUCGCUUUUGAAGCAGCAGUUCUGUUGUCAACAUCACCGGGUGGGAUGCGUCCACACCACCUCCUUGCCCUUCGAUUGCUUCGCCGGCUUCAGCGAAGCCCAUCUGGCGUGGUCCACCCUGAAGAAGGGCUGGUGUUGUCACCACUUUCAGAGGGGCUGCGGCACCACCAUGCAAACCACCUUGCCGUAUGACUGCUAUGCUGGCUUGGCCAAGUGGAAGACCGGCUGGUCCGAUGCCAAAAAGCACUGGUGUUGCGAUCGCUUUGCCAAGGGUUGUCCGCACCAGGAGACCACGGUGCCCUACGACUGCGAUGCCGGUUGGGCGCGCUGGGAGAGGGGUUGGAGCACACGGAAGAAGAGAUGGUGCUGCGUUCACAGCAAGAAAGCCUGCGAUCCCUAUGACUGCAACGAUGGCUACGAAAGCUGGAGAGAUUUGUGGUCUUCCUCCAAGCAAGCCUGGUGCUGUGACUCGAUGAAGCGUGGCUGUCCUCCGCCCACGACCUCGGCUCUCUUCGAUUGCAGCUCUGGGCGCCCUGGGCUUCCACGAUCGAGAC